CGGAGAGACACGCAGAGACAGACAGAGCCGUGAACUGUGCAGAGAACUGUUAGGAACUGACUGACGGACCCAUUCGCCUCGUUGGUCACUCAAGCUGGUGGCGACCCAUCACUCAUUUUAUGUUAAAAAAAACAACAAAAAAAGGGGGGGACAACACGUUGAAUCGCUCCAGAGAGCUUCAGGGUGUUGAAGAUGGCCGUGUGGAUCCAGGCCCAGCAGCUUCAGGGAGAUGCUCUCCACCAGAUGCAGUCGCUGUACGGUCAACAUUUUCCCAUCGAGGUGCGACAUUAUCUGUCGCACUGGAUAGAAAGUCAGCUCUGGGAUGCAAUAGAUCUGGAAAACCCACAGGAGGAGUUUAAAGCCAAGCGUCUGCUGGAGAGUCUAAUACAAGAGUUGCAAAACAAAGCCGAGCACCAAGUUGGAGAGGAUGGCUUUCUGCUUAAAAUUAAACUGGGACACUACGCUAACCAGCUCAAGAGCACGUAUGACCGCUGUCCACUGGAGUUGGUCCGAUGCAUCAAACACAUCCUCUACACAGAGCAGAGGCUUGUCCGAGAGGCUACAAAUUCGAGCUCUCCGGUGGGUGGGAUGCUGGACAGCAUGUCUCAGAAAUACCAGCAGAUCAAUCAAGCUUUCGAAGAGCUUCGCCUGCUUACCCAAGACACUGAAAAUGACCUGCGCAAGCUCCAGCACAACCAGGAGUACUUCAUCAUCCAGUACCAAGAGAGCCUUCGCAUCCAAGCCCAGCUGAGCAGUCUUGCAGCGCUGCCCCCUGCUGACCGUCAGCUACGAGAGCCCACCCUCCUCAGCAAGCGAGCCACUGUGGAGGCCUGGCUGACGAGGGAGGCCAACACACUACAGAAAUACAGACUGGACCUUGCGGAAAAACACCAGAAAACGCUGCAGCUGUUAAGAAAGCAGCAGACCAUCAUUCUGGAUGACGAACUGAUCCAGUGGAAAAGACGGCAGCAACUGGCAGGCAAUGGGGGCCCACCAGAGGGAGGCCUGGACAUCCUUCAGUCCUGGUGUGAGAAGCUGGCUGAAACGAUUUGGCAAAACAGGCAGCAGAUUCGAAGGGCGGAGCACCUGAGACAACAGCUGCCCAUCCCCGGACCUAUCGAGGAGCUACUUAACGAACUUAACAGCACAAUUACUGAUAUCAUCUCGGCAUUGGUCACCAGUACCUUCAUCAUCGAGAAACAGCCCCCGCAAGUUCUUAAAACCCAAACCAAGUUUGCCGCCACCGUGCGUCUUCUAGUUGGUGGGAAGUUGAACGUGCAUAUGAACCCCCCACAAGUAAAAGCGACCAUCAUAAGUGAACAGCAAGCCAAGGCUCUGCUAAAAAAUGAGAACACAAGGAAUGACAGCAGUGGAGAAAUUCUUAACAAUAAUUGUGUGAUGGAGUACCACCAAACCACAGGGACCCUCAGCGCCCACUUCAGGAACAUGUCUUUGAAGAGGAUCAAGCGAUCAGACAGAAGAGGAGCAGAGUCGGUUACAGAGGAGAAGUUCACCAUCCUUUUCGAGUCCCAGUUUAGUGUCGGAAGCAACGAACUUGUCUUUCAAGUGAAGACACUAUCGCUUCCUGUAGUUGUGAUAGUUCAUGGUAGUCAAGACAAUAAUGCCACAGCAACUGUGCUGUGGGACAACGCUUUUGCAGAGCCGGGACGAGUGCCUUUCCUUGUGCCAGAUAAAGUGCUUUGGCCUCAGCUUUGUGAUGCCAUCAACAUGAAGUACAAGGCAGAGGUGCAGAGCAACCGCGGCCUGUCAGAAGAAAACCUGGUCUUCCUGGCUCAGAAGGCCUUCAGCAGCUCCAGCAACAAUCCUGACGACUACCGGAGCAUGACAAUGACCUGGUCACAGUUUAACAGGGAAAGUUUGCCUGGAAGGAAUUUUACAUUUUGGCAGUGGUUUGAUGGCGUCAUGGAGCUCACAAAAAAGCAUCUAAAGCCGCAUUGGAAUGAUGGUGCUAUUCUGGGCUUUGUCAACAAGCAGCAGGCUCAGGAUAUGUUAAUGUCCAAACCCAACGGCACUUUCCUUCUGCGCUUCAGUGACUCUGAGAUCGGAGGGAUCACUAUUGCAUGGGUGGCAGAAAACCCCAACAAAGCAGGUGAGCGAAUGGUUUGGAACCUCAUGCCAUACACAACCAAAGACUUCUCCAUUCGCUCGUUGGCUGACAGGAUUAGCGACCUCAACCAUUUGCUGUUCCUCUAUCCCGACAAGCCCAAGGAUGAGGUUUUCUCCAAGUAUUACACCCCGCCACUUUCCAAAGCAGUGGACGGUUACGUGAAGCCGCAGAUCAAACAGGUAGUGCCUGACUUUGCUACAGCUAAUCCAGAUCCGACAAGUGGAAACCCAACCUAUAUGGAUCAAGGCGCCUCACCAGCUCCCGUCAACCACCAUCAUCCCUAUAACAUGUACCAAAAUAUAGCCGACCCUAUCUUAGAUGCAGAGGGAGAUUUUGACCUCGAUGACACAAUGGACGUGGCGAGGCAUGUGGAGGAGCUUCUGCGGCGGCCCGUAGAAAGCCAGUGGGGGGGCCAGCAGUCCUGACCCUUGACUUUAUGACUCGGAGCACCACCAAACAAAUCCUGCCAACAAACUUGCCCCACUCACAUUGACAUGGUUAUAUUCCAUUCGUCUCUCCUUUUUAUCAUAUUGCUAUAAUGUGAAAUUGUUAACAAUGGUUGUGAUUUUUUUUCUUCUUUUCUUUUUAACAUGAGAGCAUGCAUGUUAGUGAUUUCUUAGUUUAUUUGUGUUUUUAAAACAGACUGGGUGACAUGCAAAACCCUCAAUGUUACAGUAUUGUUAAAAAAAAAAGAAGUUAUUGUUCAUUCGCAAGGAGCUUGCAUUACAAAAUUGUUUGAAUCAAAAAUAUACUACUGUAUGAUGUUAUUUUAAGAGUGGAAUGCUUUGAUUUCACAUGUUCUGCUUUGUAAAUGGGCAAGCGAUACUUUGAUAGCCACACCGAUCCUGCCCUCGGAUGAAGGAGAAACUUUAACGUGGAUUUUUUUUUUCUGCUUUUGCUCUGCAGCACAUGAAUCCAAGUCAUUGCUUGUCAGUUCUUCAAACGCAUAUACACUAACCUAAGGGAAGAGGGGCUCUUUGCUCUCUGCCACUGACAGCACAGACAUCAGCACACGGUACAUAUGCACAAAGCUUGGGAUUUAUUUGUUCUGAUUUGUUCACCAGCUGCAAAGGCGAAGGAGUGUAUGCACCUCCCUUGCUCUCACAGGGCUAUCCGUCUUCUGUUUGUACACAGAAAUGCAAAUCUAAGCAUUUACCCGGCAUUGCCUGCUUGUCCUCUCAGGUCCCUGUGCCCCAGUCAUCAAUGCUACCUCGCACUCUUCUGUUGACAGUCGUUGGUUUUGGUUUGUUGUCUUGUCUGAACCACAUUCUCAUCAAUAGCUACAAUCCAAAAAAACAAACAAAAACAAAAAAGCUGCAUUAACGUGUGUGAAGAAGAUCCCAUGCUGCAUGGGCAAUGUUUGCCUGAUGCUUGAAGAAAUCCAGAAACGAUACAUCUUUCCUGCCUUGGACUCUACAAGUUGUUGGAACGAGCACGGCCCUGUCUCUGUGUGACGGCAUGGCAGAAAAAAAGCAAGUGAAGCUGCAAAGCAUAAAAGCGCACUUUUAAAUGCUUUUACAGACUUGCUGCCACAUUCAGAAAUCGCCGAUGUCAAGUCCCCACCCUCACCCCCGCGACUUCUGCUGUUAAUUCAGACUUAUUUUUAUUCUGCGUGAUCAUUUUGUCAAACAUGAAGGGUAAUUGUUUUAAAACAGCUAUGCGCCUCAGGAAUAAAUUGCUUUGCAUAACCGAUGAAGCCAAUUGAAAAAAAAAACUAUAUUUAGAGAGAAUAAUAGACUUGUUUUAUCUUUCUUAGGUCUAUAUUUAUUAUAAUUUCCUCCCCCAAAAUGAAUGUAAGCUCAUGAAGGUAUAAAAAACAAUGAAGUUUAGCAGAAGAAGCAUCAUUUAAAAAAACAACACGGUGCACUUGGCCAUCAAAAAAAAAAUGAAUGAUGCAUUUUAAUGUUUUUAUUAAAUGUUUGGACAUUGCAAUGUUAAAAAAAUAUAUAUUUGUUCAUCGUGUCUCAGUUCUUUCCUCUCCUUUUUUUGUUGUAAAAAUCUGAAGCUACAUGGUCGUAACAGGUUCCUCAUCACCAUCUCUCUCCUCUUCGUUCCACUGUAGACUUUGCAUUUUUCGAUUGUAGAUGCUUUGUUUGUUGUUUGUACGUUUUAUGGUUGUGGUUUUGGUUUAUCACUUGGAUGGUUUUCCGAGGAUCACAGCUGUUGAGUUGAAAGGAAUAAAAUAAAGUUUUAUAAAUAAAUUACGGAAAAUCUUA